UUUUUCUUUUUUUUUUUUUUUCUUUUUUUUUUUUUAGCAGUGUACUUACAUAUCCAUUUAUAAACACAACAAAAAAAUUCCAAGUACAAAGGAAACGUAAAUGCAUCUCUACGAUGUAACAGUGUUAUAUACUCUUUGACUUUAUCGACGUUUCGGUGAAAAUUCAAAUUUAUCUUAAUCUUUGCUUCUCUCUCUUCUGUUCAUUUUUAUCCCUUCUCUCUAUCUCUCCCUCUCUCCCUCGGAAAAGAGAAAAAUAAAUAUAUUCAAACGACAUUGAACUUGUUUUCAGUUGAUGUUUCUUAACGGAGAGAAAGAGAGAGAAAGAGAGAGAGAAAGUGUGUGUAUGUGUGUAUAUAUCGUAGACAAUGUCUAAAAGGAUUUUGUUCGAUCUAAAUGAUCGAAAUCAAUGAUCCAAAUUACGAGAUAGAUAUCAAUUGAAAAAAUUAUCGUACAAUUAAAUUCUUUUAAUCUGUGAUAUUAGAGAAGAAAGGAUUAAAGGAGAGUUACAUUGGUGCGCGUUUUUAUUUAUUGACGAUUACUAACAAUUGAACAUGUGACAAAAAAGGAUAAUAAUGAUGAUGACGACGACGAUAAUGAUGAUGAUGAUGAUGAUGAUGAUGAUGAUUAUAAUUGUUCUGACAUUAUAAUAUGAUUCUUAGUUCUAUCGGAAGUUCACUGUCCUUUUAACAAAAAUUAUCGUAUUAAGAUUAACAAAAUGAUCAACGAGAUUGCAAAACUUAUAUUUCUUCUCCAUCAUCUAUUGUUUUUGUUAAAUGGAGCAAUGGCCGUCGAAUCACCAUGCCCGGAAUAUUUUCGUUAUAUUCGUAACAAUAAUUUCGAGGACAUGGGACAAGUGGAAAUACCAUGGCCACCGAAAAAUAUGGCGUUGCAUUUGAAAAUAGAAUUAACCGUGGCAACGUCUUUACCAUCGAAAUAUGUCGGACGAUUGGAAUUGGCACAAUCAAAAGAAGAAUCAGUUAGAGCCGUUCAACAGGGAAGAUCAUUAUUUUAUUUAGUUCAUUUUCCAAUAAGCCAGCCAUUACCGAUCCUAACAAAUAUAUGGUUCAAUGAACAACUAUACUGCAGUGGUCCGCGUGCAUUGGGACGAAUCGUGACAUCCAUCGUUUUGGAACAUACGCUUUUUCCACCAAGGAUAUUAACUAUCUCACCUAAUCAAGGAAACAAUCUUGAUACACAACCGAAUUUCAAUGAUUUUAUACCGUUCAAUCAAAUCUUGUCUCCGUCAUUGAUACAAGAGACACCAUCACCACUACCAUCACCAUUACCACUACCACAACCGCCGCCAUCAUUGCCACCUCCACGACCAUCACCGCAACCAUCAUCACAACCAUCACCACAAUUAUACCCAAUACCAAACAAAAUGUUAUCAGAAAACAAAUCCUUGAAUGAUAACGGCAACGACAACUGUGGUCGUGUUAAUAUCCCAGAUAACAAUAUUAAUCCUUUAAUAGCCAAAGGUUUAGAGACAAGUCCAGGUCAAUGGCCUUGGUUGGUCGCCAUUUUCGUCGUGAAGAUACAAUUUGAAUUUCAUUGUACUGGUACUCUGGUUACGAAUAAGCACAUUGUUACAGUGGCACAUUGUACAAGAUUAGAUGACGUAAUCUUACCAGCCAGUACAAUGCUCGUUUCAUUAGGACGUUAUCGUUUACGUGAUUGGAGAGAAGAAGGAUCGGUUAAUCGAGAAGUGAAAGAAUACAAAUUACAUCCAGAUUACAAAGGUGAUAUUAAAGAUCCAACUGCUGACGCUGAUUUAGCUGUAAUAACAUUGUGGGAACCAGUCGAAUUUUCUGAUUUUAUCAAACCAAUUUGUCUUUGGUCUGGAUCAAACGAUCUACGUGAUAUCGUUGGAUCCAAGGGAUAUGUUAUUGGUUGGGGUCAAGAUGAAUUUGGUAAAUACUUGACUAAUCCUCACAUGGCCAUUGUACCAAUUGUAUCUCAGGAAGAUUGUCUCUGGAGUAAUGCAGGUUUUGUCGCUUUUACAUCCAAUCGUACUUUCUGUGCUGGUUCUAGAAAUGGUAUUGGACCAUGUAAUGGUGAUAGUGGAAGUGGUUUGGUGAUACGUAAAACAGAUGGACGUUAUCAAUUACGUGGUGUUGUUUCACGCUCUAUUUUAGAUAGAAAUACAAUGUCCUGUGACCUUAGCCAUUAUGUUGUUUACGUCGACGUAGCAAAACAUUUAGAUUGGAUACGUUUGCAAAUAACUUUGUGAAGUUAAAUUUGAUAAGACAAAAAUCGAGUAAAUCCAGAUGAUAUGAGCUGGAGAUUAUGAAAGUAGUCUAAUUCAGAUAUUUUUCAUAAUAUUUGUAUUGGAAUUAUUUAAUAAUUAUCAUUUUCUAUGAUGACAACAUAUAGAAAAAAUAAAUAUAUAUAUUUUUAUUCUUGUGAAAGAUAAUACUUCUAAAAAUUAAUUUAUAAAGAAAUAAAUAAAAAAGUUUAAGAACAGAGCAUCCUAUAAAAUAUAUUUUUUAAUAACUCAAAUGAUUUACAAUUAGAACACUUUCAUAAUCAUUAGUUCAUACGUUGUUCCUUUUAGAUUUGUUACAUUUUUUCAGCUAUCUCUGUGAUCAGUAUCGCACACACACACACACACACACACACACAUAUAUACAUACAUACAUACAUACAUUCACAUACACACUUAUAUAUGUUAAUCAUUAACAAAUUAAAAAUAACAAAAUAUGAUUGAUUGAUUUUAUACAAUUGACAAUAAUAUUCAAAAUAGGUAUACAAGUAUAAAGUAUAUAUAUAUAUAUUUAUAUGAUCAGAGUAGAUAAUUUUCACGCGUAUACUUACUUCAUUAUGUAUAUAGAGUUUAUUAUUAACGAUAGAAGGCUUAUUAGUUAUAUCAAAGAAUAUUAUAAUAACUUUUAUAUAUCAGCUUACAUAUCCUUUAUAUUAUUACCCUUCGUCAAUACAUAAUUUUGUACAUAGAUAUGUAAAAAGAAUUAUUUUUCUUUUGCUUAAUUUAUUUUAACUAUAUAGCAUUAUAUUCUUCGUUAAAUAUUUGUUAAUGUAAAUCAUAUAUACUCGUGACUUAAAUCAAAUCAUUUUCUUCCUCUUCGAAAAUAAUUUAUUUAAAUCUUUUGCAAUUGUUCGCAUUGUUGAUGAUCUUUGUUUACGGGAAUAAUAUAUUUAUUUAAUGAAAAUACUUAUUGAUUUCAAUUCCAUAAUAUUUUUAUCAAAAUCAUUUUGUCUCUCUUCUAUUCGUGUUAUUAAAAAUAAAAAUUUAAUACCGAUUACGUUCAAAUAUAAUAUCUCAAAGAUAAUAGGAUACAUAGGUGAAACUUUAAAUAUGGGAUCGAUCAUUAUUUCCAUAAUUGAUAGAUUAAAAAGAUCAAGUUUAUUACAAAAUAUACACUUUUAUAGACAGAUUUAUAGCGAAAUAACAUACGUGUAGUUAUUAAGUACUUCUUUUUUUUUUUUUUUUUUUUUUUAUUAUAUAUAUAUAUAUAUGUGCAGAAAGAAAGACCUCACCUCUUGAAAAUCAUUUCUUAUAAUAAUCUAUGAAUAAUUUUAGUUAUUAAUCCUAAAAUAAAUUGAUAUACAUAUAAGUGAUGUUAUGUUUACAAUAUAUAAAAUAGAUUUAUAGUUUUUUUUGUUCUUUUUUUUUUUUUGUUCUUUUUCUUUUUGUUUUUUUUUUUCUUUUUUUUCUUUUUUUUCCCCAAUAAUAGGAUAAAAGGUAUAAGGUAUAGAGAAUGGAAGUACAUAAAAAAUAUAUGCUACCAUUCCUCCAAACAAAAUCUAUUAUUAUUCUAAGGGCUAUAUCUAUUAUUAUUGUUUUUAAUCUUGAAGCAACAAAAGCGUUUAUAUGUAUACGUAUAUAUACG